AUGGGAGCGUGCAUGUGGUCGAUUGCUCAGUGUCAGAAGAAAACUGCGGAUCGGCUUGGUUGCUCAACAUACAUCAUUUUUGCUCUCAAGUUUGCAUAUCAAAAAAUGACAGACGGAGAACCUUCGGAUUCUCGAGCGGAAGAUGAUUACGAAGAAGGGGAAGAAGCAUAUGAUGAUGAAGGUACCUUAGAUGAGGAAGAACUAUUACAUCCAGAAGACAACUACCAAGAUGAGCUUAAGUUGCUAGAAGAUGACGCUAAUUUAACUGUCGAAGAAUUAAGACAAAAAUACUGUGCUUCUGUUCCUGAUGAAGAGUAUGACGAUUCUCAGUCCACAUCCACAUCUGAUGACACUCAUAAAUCAGAGAGUACUGAUCCUGGGAUUGCGAGUAUUGACUUUACAGAAACAGAUGUGUCCGAUUCUUUAAUUAUGUCCCCUGAGAGAAAUCGGAAGGGGCAUGGUUAUUUUUCGGAUCUUGAUGAUAAUGAUGAAGAUACUGAGUACUUACCACCUGGGCGUUGGCGAAGAAUUGUUAGGCAAGGACCAUCAUAUCAAGCCUCUAUACCUGACAUAAUUUUGCCAAGAUCAAAAAGCCCGCAUGGAGAACGCGAUGUGCUUUUAUGGGCACCACAUGCUGGAUUUCCAAUGAGGAAUUUAGAAGAAUAUUUGAAGGAUUAUUACAAAAUGAGAAUUCAGCGCAGUGAUUUAAAGGAAACACGUAAAGCUGGCAAUACUAAUCGUGGUUUUCCAGUAAGGGAUGAUGAAGACGCUUUAAAAGCUUUGUUGAAUGCAGGCUACGAUACUCAUGCUGCGUUGGCUAGUUUUCCGUUUCCUCCUGCUAAUGCUCCCUUGAAAAGUGUUGGGCCUAAUCCUGCCAGGUGGACUGACCAGGAUUGCGAGCUUUUCGAAAGGGGCAUGCAAAUGUACGAAAAGAAUUUUUAUUUCAUCAGACGGCUGUUCAGAACCAGCAAGAAGAAAAAAUGUAUUACAAAUUUAUGGGCUGCAGAUAAGUUACCACACAGAACAGUCGGAGAAAUUGUACAUUUUUACUAUAUUUGGAAAAAGACAGAACGUCAUGAUAUGUAUCAGGAAAGAAUUCAGAAAACAAAGAGCCAAGAACAUUCUAAUUGCACUGACUUAAUGAGUGGAUUAGUAGAUCAUAUGGAUGAGGGAAGUAAUGGGAAUUCGUGUAUAUCAGUGGAUAAGGAAACAAAUGCAAUUCAGAGCCGCGAAUUAAGUAAAGAUUUAUGUUGGGAGGGUGGAGAAAGUAGUGCGUUUCCUCAUUUAGAUAGCGAUACAAUCACUCAAGUAUUGCAGUGA